UUUCCAGGUGGCGAGCGUAACUGUGGAGUGCAUGAGCUGGUCUGCGUCAGAAAAGUCUCUCCGGAGGUGCUGGGGUUUCUGACAGCUAUUGGACUCUUCAUCAUCCUCAUGACCUUCCUCUUCUGGUACCUCAACAACAAGUUGGAACUAGAGAAUCCAGGGAGCCUGCAGUGCCUUGAUGAGUUCAGGAAAACCACAGAGCUGAAAGACAAGGCCCACUGUGAUGCCAACCUGCGGGGCUCAUCAUCAGACAGCGAGGAUGAGCUGAUGGGUCAGUAUCAGGAAGCGGUCAGCCGCUCCCAGGGCCUCCGGGGAGGAGCCAAGGCAGCCACUAAUGUCAAGCAUGGAGGAGGCUUCAGCUGGGAGAGCCGACAUAAGUACAGUCCCCUGAGUGCCGAUUAUGACGGCUACAGCAGCGAAGCUUCGGCCGACGACGUCAACUGCAUUCAGCGUAUGAGACGCACACCACCACUGGAUGAGCUUCAGCCACCGCCCUAUCAGGAUGAGAAUGGUUCUCCACGGAUGUCUUGCACAAUGUCUGACCUGGGUGACGCCAAGUGUGAUCUUUCCCAAACCAGCGGCAGUCCCCACCUCUCCUUUGGAAAAUGUUAUAGUGUGGACAGUGAUGACCAUGAGACUGAGAGUUACCUCAACAAGGGCUAUGAGGAGGAUGUACCCAGUGACAGUACCGCCGUCCUCAGCCCAGAGGAUAUGUCAGCCCGAGGAUCAGAAGCGCGGCUCCCUAAAGGUUACGAACCAGAUCCCAUUGCAAAAUACGGCACUCUGGAUGUAGUGUUUGACUAUGACUCAGAGGAGCAGCAGCUGGCGUUGACCAUCAUGGCAGUAACGGACCUUCCCGCCCAUAAACGCACCGGCAACUUUUCCUGGCAGGUCCACCUGGUGCUGCUUCCCACCAAGAAGCAGAGGGCAAAGACAGGGAUCCAGAGAGGCCCGUGCCCCAUCUUCACAGAGACCUUCCGCUUCAGCCACGUGGAGUCAGAGAUGAUCAGCAAUUACGCCCUCCGCUUCCGCCUUUACAGUAUGCGGCGGAUGAAGAAGGAGAAGGUGCUCGGGGAGAAGGUGUUCUACCUCACCAAGCUCAACCUUCAGGGCAAAGUGUCUGUGCCAGUCAUACUAGACCCAUGCUGUGCUCUCCUGGCUGGUGAAUCCCAGGUCAGCCUCUCAGAUAUGACGUGCAGCGAAAGCGCCUCAUCAUUCCAGUCAGUAAGUCAGACUUCCACACCAGAGAUCCUUGUGGGCCUGGUGUACAAUGCCACAACAGGACGUCUCUCUGUGGAGAUCAUCAAAGGCAUCCAUUUCAAAAACCUAGCUGCCAACAAGCCACCCAAUGGACUGUUCUGUUGUCUAAAACACUUGAUAGGUGGACAGGUUUAUAUUAUCAGAGAUACAUAUGUUAAGCUGACCUUACUGAACUCCAUGGGUCACGAGAUGUCCAAGUGUAAGACAUCCAUCUGUCGGGGUCAGCCCAACCCAACCUACAAAGAGACGUUUGUAUUCCAGGUAGCUCUUUUCCAGCUAUCGGACGUCACGCUCAUCCUCUCCGUCUACAACAAGCGCAGCAUGAAGCGCAAAGAAAUGAUUGGUUGGAUUUCACUCGGCCUCAACAGCUCCGGAGAGGAGGAGCUCACCCACUGGACACAGAUGAAAGAGUCCAAAGGACAGCAGGUUUGCCGCUGGCACAGUUUGCUGGAGUCCUAA